AGUCCACUGUCUACUUCUCAUCCACCAAAUGCCUCCCAAGAAAGUCAAAGCCCCAAAAGAAGAGCAGACAGUUUCUCUAGGCCCUCAGGUCGCCGAGGGUGAACUCGUCUUUGGUGUUGCACACAUCUUCGCUUCUUUCAACGACACCUUCGUUCACGUCACCGAUCUUUCUGGCAAGGAAACUGUUUCUCGUGUUACUGGUGGCAUGAAAGUCAAGGCCGAUCGCGACGAGUCGUCUCCCUACGCUGCGAUGUUGGCAGCUCAAGAUGUUGCAACCCGUUGUCGUGAAGUAGGAAUUACUGCCCUCCAUAUCAAGCUUCGUGCUACCGGCGGUACUGGAACUAAGACCCCUGGUCCUGGUGCCCAGAGUGCUCUCCGUGCUCUUGCACGUGCUAAAAUGCGUAUUGGAAGGAUCGAGGACGUUACACCCGUGCCUACUGAUUGCACGAGACGUAAGGGUGGUCGCCGUGGUCGCCGUCUCUAAUCGGGAGCGGUUACUCACUUGGGAAGUAUCUCCGCACGUUCAUAAAAAGUGUAGAUAGGCCAAGUUUCGAAUAUAUGUCGCUGUUCGACACGCAGCAGACCUCGCAACGAUAACAACUCGUUGUGAACUGCCCCGUGGUCGUCAAUUCUCUCGC